CAUUAAUUCAUAUGUGCGUCUAAAAUAAUCAGACUUUUCAGUUUGAAACCAAAAGAACAAGAAAAUAAAGAAGAAAAGGUGUCUAUCUUUUAGGUAGCAAGUCCAAUGUAUGCAAGGAGAAUAAAAUUUAAAGAUCAGAGGUGGAGCAAUGUGGUUCAGCGUGGCAGAGUUUUGAUCAGUUCUUACUGUCGAGAUCGCUCCUCUGCACUAUGUUCAACCCAUGCACCAAUAGCCUGGAAUUAUAGUUCUCAGGGUAGUUUAAUAGCAAGAUAUUUGUCAAAUUCUUUUUUAUCAUCCUGUGAGAGGUGCUUCACAAGAUUGCAUGGGAGGACAGAUAUUAGACCAAGGCUUUUUAGUUCUGAAGGUGAUGGAAGGAAUGCGAAUGAGGAUAAAAAUACACCUACCAAAGAUGUGACAGAUUAUGAUAAGGGGAAGAUUCCUAAGGAAAAUAUUACGGAGAGUAUUAGGCAUUAUGAUGCACAUACUCGACUAGGGGAGCGAGAUCAAAAGGAGUGGCUGGAAAAUGAAAAGCAUGCCAUAGAGAAUAAAAAGAAGGAAUCCCCUUUUCUAAGUAGAAGAGAAAGGUUUAAAAAAGAGUUUCUGCGUAGGGUUGUCCCAUGGGAGAAAUUAACGGUCUCCUGGUCUACUUUUCCUUAUCAUAUUAAUGAGCAUGCUAAAAACCUUCUGGUGGAAUGUGCUGCCUCCCAUUUGAAACACAAGAAAUUUACUGCAGCUUAUGGUGGCCGCUUGACUUCUUCGAGUGGGAGGAUUCUGCUUCAGAGCAUACCGGGUACUGAGCUUUAUAGAGAGAGAUUGGUCAGAGCACUCGCCCGGGACUUACAAGUUCCAUUAUUGAUGCUUGAUAGCAGCGUAUUAGCUCCAUAUGUAAUUUUUGACUCUU